CAACAACAACAACCAAAUGCAACAAAUCAAACAUGAUCUAUAUCUAUGAUGUAUUUCAAUCAUUUUGUCAUUCAUUUCAAUCAUUGUUUUUUUUUCUUUCUAAUAGAAAACAAAUUUUAAACAAGCAAAACAUGUUUCACUUAGUUGAUUGGUUGUUUGCUUGUUUGUUUUGAGUCGAUGAUGAAUAUUUAAUUAAGUAGUAUAUAAAUAAACAUAAAAAUAUUAAAGGUAUAUAAAUAAAUGGUAUAUGUUCUCUGUUUCUUUUAUUAUUAUUAUUAUUAUUAUUAUCAAGAUAAGAUUGAUUUAAAUCUUGGAAAUGUUUUGGAGAAUAUUAUCUAUUUGGUUUAGUAUUCAUUUAUUUAUUACAAAUGGAAGAAUUGAAAUCACCGCUGAACACCGUUUAAGUGCACAUGAUCAAUUCAAUAACCUUAGUAGAAUGUAUCAAGAAAUGAAAGAUAAAGUUGAUAAUCUAACCAAAGGGGUACAAGUGCCUAAUAUAACAGGUUCUGCAAAGAAAUCUAUUUAUAAUGGAUUAUUGACUAGUACUUCAAUUGCAUUAUUUACUAUAAUAACUUUGAAAUAAACCUGUACAAAUCUAUUUCAAUAUACAAAUACAUACAUAUAUGAAUUA